AUGAUUGACGCUUACACGGCUGCCCAGGGUCUUCUCGGUAAUGUCGACGAGCGAUCAGGCCUCAACGAGUACAAGGACCUUCUCGACGACGACGACGAGCUGUGGGAGACCGCUAUGGCUGGUGUGGCCGACAACCCGCAGGGGGCCGUCGUCGCGCAGUCUGUAGAGGAUGAGGACCUUCUCGAUGAUGAUGACGAGCUGUGGGAUACCGCCAUGGCUGAGGAUGAGGACCUUCUUGAUGACGACGACGAGCUGUGGGACACCGCUAUGGCUGGUGUGGCCGACAACCUGCAGGGGGCUGUUGCCGUGCAGCCUGUAGAGGACGAGGACCUUCUUGAUGAUGACAACGAGCUGUGGGACACCGCUAUGGCUAGUGUGGCCGACAGCCCGUAG